AUGGAAUUGGCUAAAGAGAGAGAGGAGGCUUCUGCCCACCUUUUGCGCUGCCUCUCUCUAGUCCCCGCCACUCUAACCAUCUUUUUAUUCUCUUUCACAAUUCUCCACCCAGACCAUGACCGUCAUUACACCCCACAUGCGCCCUGUAGCGCUCCUCCCCUUCCCAUGCCUAUCCUGUGCCGACUCCCCUUCCGCUCCUUGACCCCCCGCCCUCGCCCCCCUCGCCGUCGAUUCGCUACUCUCGCUGCACUUCGCCAAGAUACCACCGUCUGGACCCCUUCUCCGAUCUCAUCAAUCAAGACGGCCGCCGAGUCCCUCUUCCACGUUACCAUCGACGUGUCCAACUCUCCUGAUCUCGCGGCCUCGCAUAUCUUUCCGGGACAGUACCUCCUGCUGCGGCUCCCUGAUGUGGAGAAACCUUCUUUCUUGGCCAUAGCGUCUCCGCCUUCACAGUCAGCCUCAACUGGAGCGUUCGAGUUUUUGGUGAAUAGCGUGGCGGGGUCGACGGCGGAGCUUUUGUGCGGGUUAAAGCAAGGGGAUAUGGUGGAGCUUACUCAAGCGAUGGGAAACGGUUUUAAUAUUGAUAAGAUCGAUCCGCCUGAAGAUUAUCAGACGGUUUUGAUUUUCGCUACUGGAUCAGGAAUCAGUCCAAUUCGCUCUCUCAUUGAGUCAGGAUUUGGUGCUGAUAAGAGAUCUGAUGUCAGGCUCUAUUUUGGUGCCAGAAACCUUAGGAGAAUGGCUUAUCAGGAUAGGUUUAAAGACUGGGAAUCUUCUGGUGUCAAGAUUGUGCCAGUAUUAUCACAGCCGGAUGAUAGUUGGACUGGUGAAAGUGGCGAUGUACAGGCUGCCUUUGCUAGGGCUAAGAAAAUUCAUAGUCCUAAGGGCACUGGUGCUGUGAUUUGUGGACAAAGACAAAUGACUGAGGAAGCGAGUUCAAUACUAGUGGCAGAUGGAGUUUCGAGAGAGAAGAUCCUAAAGAACUUUUGAUGGCAACUUAUAAUUAUUAUAUGUUGUACCAUUGUUGAGGAACAGCUGACAAUUACUCUACUUAACAUAGCUAAGAAUGAAAGCAUGCUAGGCUAAUAAACUCUAUACAUGGGAAUUAUUAAUUCAUUCCUCAUCUUUUAUUAUAUAAGUAAA